AUGUCAACAGUCGAUAGUAAUGAAAAUGAAUCUCCUUCUGCAGAUCCUUCAAACUCUGCAGUGAAUAAGGAAGAAGGAGAUAUUAAUUCGACACGAUCUGGUCCAAGUAAUGAUUCUGAAGGUGGUUCAAAAGUUGUUUUUCUUCUUAAAGCAGCAGGUGGUGCACCAAUAUUAAAAAAGAAAAAAUGGGCAUUACCAAGAUCAAAAACAAUUGGUCAUAUUGUUGAAUUUUUAAAAAAAUACAUGCAACUUGAUGCUCAACAACAACAACAACUUUUUCUUUAUGUUAAUCAAGCUUUUGCACCAGCACUUGAUACAACAAUUGGAGCAGUUAAUGAUUGUUUCAGUAGUGAAGGAACACUUGUCUUACAUUAUUCAUUAACUCAAGCAUGGGGAUAA